AUGUAUUCAGAACUUGGUGAGGAUAUAAGUCUACAAACAACAGCAACAGAGGGAGAAGUAGAAGAAGAAGUGCAGAAUAAUCGUAGUGAAGGUAGAGAGCUUUUUGAUCUUAAUUCUUUGCCACCAGGGUAUAGAUUUAAUCCCACGGAUGCAGAGACAAUAGUUUAUUACUUGAGGAAGAAGGUUGAUCAUCAGCCAUUGCCACCGAACAAGAUCAUAGAAGUCAAUCUCUAUGCUUAUGAUCCUGAGGAACUUGCAGCGAGAUACGAGCCCUGCGGGAAUGAUGAAUGGUUCUACUUCACUCCAAGGGACAGGAAAUAUCCAAAUGGGCAACGUCCCAAUAGGUCAAUCACAAAUGGACACUGGAAGGCCACCGGUGCUGAUAAAGAGAUCAAAUUUGAGGAUCGCAAGGUGGGGUACCGAAAGUCUUUAGUCUUCUACAGAGGAAGUCCUCGUGACGGAGUCAAAACCAACUGGAUGAUGCAUGAAUUCAGAGUUGCUGAACCUCCAAAGCCCCCAAGAAGAAGUGGUGUCAAUGAUAUGAGGUUGGAUGACUGUGUUCUAUGCAAAAUAUAUAGGAAAGAGGAAAGGAUCUCCAAAAGAUCACGGCAUGAGUCUGGGCUUGAUGAACCAGGCUCAUCAAGCUCUAAGAUUCCAAGACUUGAGCUUAACCCUAAUGAGGCCAAUGAUCAUCCCACAGUUGGUGGCGGAAUGGAUUCCGGAGAAGAUAGGAUUAAUCACCAAUAUAAUUAUAAUAGCAGCCAGACGCCUCUCCAAACCCAACAGCCACAGCCCACAACUGAAAUCUUCCAAACCCCGCAAGGACAUGACCAGUUUUCCCUACAAAGCAACCCCUUCCAAGGAGUUGGCUAUACCCAAUUCCCCGUCCGGGACCCUCGUGUCAUGAUGCCGUGGCCCACUUCUCAACAGUCUAUACACUGUGUCGGGAAUGAAUGCGGAGGUCAGGGUCUGGAUAACUUUAAUAUAAUGAAUGGCGCCUUUGUCAACAACAGUUUUGAUGCAAGGAAUAUUAAUUUUGGCAACAAUGGCUUCACCGGAUUUACAGAUCUUGGCAACCACGCUGGCUUGGCUUCAAUUCAUUAUGGAAACCCGGGGAUUUAUUAUGGCAACAAUGAUGCCCAGAGGUACUCUUCGAACACGAAUGGCAACUAUGGCAGCCGUUUGCUGCCUAGAGGAAACAACCAUAAUGGACAGCAAUUGUAG